AAAAAAAAGAAUCCAGAACUAAACUGAAGAAUGCUUUCUUCGGACCAGCAAAACCCUAACAGACCUAUAAAUGAACGCAUCUUAUCUGUAUUACAGAAAUCUAAUCAUAUCAACCAUCUCAAGCAACUCCAAUCAUUCCUCAUAACAACUGGUAAUAGCCGGAUACAAUUCAUAACAUUCAAGCUCGUUCGCUUCUGUAUUAUCACACUGUCAAAUAUUGAUUACGCACGUCUCAUUUUCAAUGAUCUACACUCCCCCAAUGUGUACUUAUACACUGCAAUGAUUACUGCUUAUACUUCGCAGUCUGAUCAUAAAUCAACUCUUCUUUUGUACAGAGAUAUGGUUCGCUCUGAACGAACUCGUCCCAGUGAAUUCAUCUAUCCCCAUGUUUUAAAAUCAUGUCUUGACGAAACCCAUGGUGUUAAAUCUGUUCAUAAUCAUAUUAUGAAAUCUGGGUUUGGCGGAUACUCUAUUGUUCAAACAUCUCUUGUUGAUGCUUACUUGAAAACUGGGUCGCCUGAUCUUGUGGUUGCUCGAUCUCUGUUUGAUGAAAUGACAGAGAGAAAUGUUGUUUCUUGGACUGCUAUGAUGUCCGGGUAUGCGAGACUGGGGCAGAUUGGAAAUGCGAUAUCGUUGUUUGAGGAAAUGCCGGAAAGAGAUGUCCCUUCUUGGAAUUCUGUUAUUGCUGGUUGUACUCAGAAUGGUUUGUUUACGGAAGCAAUCUCGUUCUUUAAACAGAUGGUUUCAUUGGAUAGUGACUACAAACCAAACCAAAUUACAGUUGUUUGUAUUCUAUCAGCUUGUGGGAAUCUUGGAAUGCUUCAACUAGGGAGAUGGAUUCAUGGGUAUAUUUACAGGAACUGUAUCACUCCAAGUCCUUUUAUACUAAAUGCUCUUGUUGAUAUGUAUGGUAAAUGUGGGAGCUUGAGAAUAGCAAGACGGGUAUUUGAUCACACAUCGACAAAAUCCCUAACAACUUGGAAUUCUAUGAUUAAUUGUCUGGCUCUCCAUGGGCAAAGUGAAACUGCAAUUACUGUAUUUGAGGAGAUGAUAAAUUAUGGAGGUUCAGUGAAACCUGACGAGGUUACAUUUAUUGGUUUGCUUAAUGCUUGUACUCAUGGAGGAUUGGUUGAAGAAGGUCGCAAGUACUUUAAGUUAAUGACCGAGGAUUAUAGAAUAGAGCCGCAGAUUCAGCAUUAUGGUUGUAUUAUAGAUCUUCUUGGUAGAGCAGGUCAGUUUGAAGAAGCAAUGGAAGUCAUCAAAGAGAUGAGAAUGGCACCAGAUGAAGUGGUUUGGGGUUCAUUAUUAAAUGGUUGUAAAGUUUAUAGACGUAUGGAUUUAGCGGAGUUCGCAGUAAAAAAACUGAUUGAGAUUAACCCAGAUCAUGCUGGGUAUGGAGUAAUGUUGGCAAAUGUAUAUGGCGAUGUAGGAAAGUGGGAUGAAGUUGGGAAGGUGAGGAAAAAGUUAAAGGAAAUGGGAGCAACAAAGACGCCUGGAUGUAGUUGGAUUGAGAUUGACAGUCAAGUUCAGCAGUUUUAUUCUGCUGAUAAAACACAUCAUAAAACAGAAGAGAUAUACAAGAUGUUGGAAGUCAUAGCUGGUUUUUCUUAGUCUGAACUAUAGGUUGGGGUUGGAAACAACUAUUGAUUAUCAAAAGUAGGAUAUUAACUAACUGAAAGUGGAGGUAGAUGGAAUGUAGGACAGCUGCAAAGCAAUCCAGAUGCACCAAAUCAACCGAGACACAGGAGUUCCAUCAUCAAUGCCUCUUCACAAUGGUUGGUAGUGACUCAAUACACAUUGAAAGAGAGUGCAUUCAUGUUCUGAAUGGAACAACUUUUAUCGCUUAAAAGACGAAUAGCAUUGUAACUGCUGGAAAUCCAACAUCAC